AUGUACAGUUACAGUACAUACUUCCACUCGGUGGGUGGCGGUAAUGAAGCAGGACAGGGAGGCAGACAGACGGGAGAAGCAUCACGGGAGACGCUGAGCCGCCAUUUCACUUUUCAUUCAUUAGGGUCGAGGCCUAAGUUACAUCGUUUAAUUGGAUACACAGAACUACCACCAUGGUUAAAAUUUUUAUUGGCAAUCUUGCCUGCAACACUACACCCGAGGAGCUCCGUGAACUCUUCGAGAAGUAUGGAAAAGUCACAGAAAGUGACGUUGUCAAAAACUAUGGCUUCGUACACAUGUCCAAUAUUUCUGAAGCGGAGGAGGCCAUUCGAAACCUCCACCAGACCCAGCUGAAUGGCUGGCGCAUGAAUGUGGAGAUGAGCAAAGGGAGGCCCAAGUCCACCACCAAACUACAUGUCAGCAACCUUGGCGAGGGGGUUUCCAAUCCGGUUCUGAGGGCUAAGUUUGAAGAGUUUGGCACGGUGGUGGAGUGUGACAUAGUGAAGGACUACGCGUUUAUUCACAUGGAGCGAAUGGAAGACGCCAUGGAUGCCAUCAGUAAGCUGGACAACACGGCCUACAAAGGCAAACUGAUGAGCGUACAACUGUCCACCAGUCGGCUGCGCACGGCCCCAGGAAUGGGAGAUCAUACCGGCUGCUAUGUCUGCGGGAAACAUGGUCACUGGUCGAAAGAUUGUCCAGUCAGUCGGAACGGUAGCCACGGUGAAGGCUCAAGAGGUCACAGCAGCCGGGCCCCCCCACGCGGUCCCCCGGGUUAUGGCAGGGGCAGCUACGAGAUGGCCUCCCCUCCAGCUGAAUACAGGAGUGGCUCUGCGUAUAGUCGCUCUAGUUACAUUGGUGGGUUGCCGCCUCCCCCACGUAGGCUCAGCGGCUACAGCCCUGAGCUGGAGGAGCGGUAUGCCAGCAGAGCACCAAGCUCCUACGCCGAGAGGUCUUCGGCGUAUGACCGUGAUCGCCUCUAUAGCAGUGUCGACUAUUAUGAGAAGUACAGAGCUCGACCUUAUGGCUCAAGCUAUUUUGAGGAUCGCCGAAUGUCCUAUAUUCCUCCUCCUCCCCCACCCCCUCCUUCCUCCUUCUCAAAGCUCUCCUCCAGUAUAGAUGCGUAUGAACGUCGGGCACUGCCCCCAUCGGCUGCAGCGUACUACGCACGAGACCGCAGCCCAAUAAGACGGGUGCCGGUCUCCCCGUCAGCUUACGCCUACGAGCGAACACGGCUGUCCCCGGUGUCGGCCCCCAGAAGCUCCUACUCUGCCCCCAGACCCAAGGAUCAUUACACGCCACGCUAUGCGCCAUACUAAAGCCUGGGUACCAAGGUCUGUUUGUGAACCACAGGACUUUUCCUCUGCCGAAAUUUCUCGAAGCUACGUUAUUCCAUCAGGUUGCGUGAUGUGCUGCGAAGAAUAAGAAUUGCGGUUAUUAUAUUGGAAAUUGUGUCAGCAUCUUCCAGGCGCCUGAGAUGCCAUUUGCCCGCAGAUGAAUCGUCCUUUUAAUCACAUUUACAUAACUGGUUGUCAAUGAGGACUGACUGCACCGAUUGACAUUAAUGAUGUAUCUAAUAAUAAUUGGCUCACUCACCCUGCAGGUUUUCACCUCGGUUUCUGGCCAUGUCUUAUAUUUUCUUACCUGUGUUUCUUCCUCACAUUAAUUGAAUUGUUAAAUCAAGUACAUGUUUUUACUCCUGUCUCUUAUUUAGAAGAAGUGUUUUUGUUUCUUUAAUAUAUCAAAAUGUACCUACCUUUUUUUGAAUGGAAUGAGGGUUAACCCAGGCUGCAUCGGUUGCUUGUAGUAGAGAAUAUUGCCAAUGGGCAGAUAUAUGGACUUGAUCGGAGUCCCUUGUAUGGAUGUGGAUUAAUGAUUAAUGUUAAAGAUUAAUGUUUGUACCGAAGUUAUGGUCAUUUGUGUUUGUUACAUGUGCUGUGAAGUUGUUACUGAGAUUCCCACUGAACACAAUAGAGGGAAAAAAAUCCAUAUCCAUGCAACUGGUUAACUCCAAGUGCGACACUGAGUCACACUUGGAGUUAGUUUUCAUGAUAAGCAGAUAAUCUCAAACAUUCCAGCUUCAUCUUUUUCUAGUUUGAAUCAGUUUCUAAAAAAUAUAUAAUUGACACAUUUGGUAACACUUAAUGAAGUGUCUGUCGACCUGAAGUCAACAUUUUAUAAUAAGGGACAGCAAAAAGAAGUCAGCUGUCAUGCACUGUGCAACUACAUAACACACUGUCUAUGUUUUCUUCCCACUGGUAAUGUUGCACACUUUGCCAUCACAAAAAAGUCUGUUACUCCUUACUUUUAUGCGGGAUGGAUGUUUUGUUUGUGUCCAUAGUAUAAGCAGUUAGAGAAAUGUGAGGCAGGACUCAGGGCUCGGGCUGUAUGAGUGAGGAGGCACUUGUGUUUUCUGGAACGUGCCUUUUGUGUGUUUUGGUGGUUUUUGGAGUUUGUAUUUUUCAUACUAGCUGUAUAAGUACCAGCAUACAUCUAAAAUGAAUAUGAUUUUUAAUAAACCAAAACUGUUUUUGGUGA